UUCGUUAUCCAUUGUAAAUAUUUGAACAUGUCAUUUCAGCAUGCAGUCCAUACAGAAUCUGGGUCUUGCGGUGGUUUCAAUCGUUGCAGGUUCUUUAUUGGAUUCAAAAGGGUACCUACUACUUGAAGUGUUUUUUAGUGCUUGUCUCUGUGUGGCAUUUAUAGCUGUUGUGGCGCUCUAUUUUGUGGAUUUAUUGUCAGAAGGUGACCUGAACGUGACUGCAUGGAAGCGUUCAAAACUCCAAGCUGAUGCUGCAGCAGAGGCCGCGAAAGAGGAGCGCAUUCGUCAACAACAAGUGGAGGACUUGGCCAAAAUACAGCCAGUUAAUGAGUUUGCAGCAAGGAACCGAUACCUCUCUAGACUCGGUGCACAAUUACCAGAACAUUACACCAUCCAUGGAUCUGCACUGGCAUAUAGGAGUGUACUCAAAUAACCUGAAGAAUUGCACUGAAAGAAGAACACUAACUUUUUAAUGUUACAUCUGGAGCCAUGAAAUAGACUGACAGAAGACUGUUACAAUACUUUUCUAAUGGGAUAAAUACAGAUAAACUAUUACAGAGGCAUUUUUGCACAUGCUGUUUUCCACAUGGAGAAGGUGGUUUUCACUACAUUUAUAGCAAUAAAUAUUUCAAUUGUAUAAUAACCAUUGCUUUACUUCGUACAAGAUAUCGGAGAAGAUUAGAAAUCUGAACAAUUAGGAAAAACCUCAGUUUCAAUGAACUUGAAGCUUUUCAUCUUUGGGUAAUCUGAUCAUUGGGAAAUCCACUGAUCCUAUCGUUGUGUUUGGACUGUAACCACUAUUAAAACUGCAGUUAAGCAAUCAACAAUUUUCUGAACAAAUCAGCAAAUUGGUUUGUCUUCAGACAUAUUUUAUCAACAUAUGAAUUGCACACAUUGUUAAUGAUAAUUUUUAUAUUGAUUAAACUUUUUAAAAAAU